UUUCUAACUAAAUCCAUUUUGAAGCUACAUUUCAUUUUGUAUUUUGCAAGUGUCCCUGAAUAAAUAAAUAAAAAAGAUCACUAAUUCUAGCUUGGUAUUGACGAAAGGAGGAUCUCAUGUUCAACAGAAUCCUCUUCAACCUGUUUCUGUUCGUCACCUUUCUGAAAUUCAGUGAUGCAGCAGACACUCUUUUUCCAAAUGAAACAAUCGGUGUUGGGCAGACUUUGGUUUCCCAAAACCAAGUUUUCGAGGUCGGUUUCUUCACGCCGGGAGCACCCGGGAACAGUUUCUUGGGUAUGUGGUACAAAAACACACCCAAAGUUGUAAUCUGGGUUGCAAACAGAAACGAUCCCAUCACUGAUUCAGGAGUAGUCUUGAAGAUUUCUGAAUAUGGAAAUCUUUCCAUAAGCACAGGCAGACGCGUUGUCUGGUCGGGGAAUCCAUCAGGGGUCGCAUCAGAUCCUGUUUUAAAGCUCCUGGACACCGGAAACCUGGUUGUUGCUGCAGACACGACGAAGCAAGGCUACAUAUGGCAGAGCUUUGACUACCCGACUGAUAACUGGCUACCGGGAAUGAAGUUGGUAGAUGACAGUGACAGUGGCGUGGAGAAGUAUUUGAGAUCAUGGAAGAAUCUUGAGGAUCCUUCGGGUGGAGAAUUUUCUUACAGGAUUGAGAACCAGGGCUUGCCUGAGUUGGUGGUUUACAGAGAGACAACGAAGAUGUUCCGAACGGGAAGCUGGAACGGGCUUUACUUCGGUGGCCUUCCACCCUUACCAAAUGGCUCUGUCACAGAUUAUUCUUUCAGAGAUGAGAGGUUGAUAUAUGUGGCAAGGCCUAUUAGCAGCUCAAUUUUCUCAAGAACAACACUCGAAUCAUCCGGCUUGCUACAGAGAUAUAACAUGAACGAAAGAAAAGAUGCGUGGAAUCAUGUCCAGACAUAUCCACGAGAUAAGUGCGAUGAGUAUGGUAACUGCGGGGCAUAUGCCUUGUGCAGCACUGAGAAACCACAGAUGUGCGAGUGCUUCAAAGGGUUCGCUCCCAAGUCCCAGCAUGAGUGGGACAUCCAAGAUUGGUCGGGCGGAUGCACUAGAACGACACCACUGAAUUGCUCGAAUGGAGAUGGCUUUCUAGAGAUUAGAGGGGUGAAGUAUCCUGAUAUGUUGAGAUUUUGGUUGAAUACUAGCAUGAGCCUUGAAGAAUGCAAAGCCGAGUGCUUGAAAAACUGUAACUGCACUGCUUGUGCUAAUCCCUACAUAACUAAUGGAGACAGUGGCUGCGUGAUGUGGUAUGGAGAUCUCAUUGAUAUCAGACAAUUUCCUGAAGCAGACGACAGGCAAACGAUCUAUCUUCGUCUACCGGCUUCAGAACUAGGUUCUGCCUCCAACGGAGAGAAAGAGAAGGAGGAGAAAAAGAGUGGUGCGAAAAAGCUCGUGGUUAUAUUCAUUUCUUCUGGAGUUCUAAUUUUGGCACUGUUUGGUGGAGGUGUAGUUUUCAUCAUAAAGCGGAGAAGAGAAGCAUCUAAAAGUGAUGAUGCAGAUAUAGAACUGAAAAUAUUCAAGUUGGAAACUAUUGUGGCGGCAACAAACAACUUCUCCUGGGAAAACAUGAUUGGAGAAGGAGGUUUUGGCCCCGUAUACAAGGGGAUUUUGUCUGCAGAAGGAGAAAUAGCCGUCAAAAGAUUGUCAAGAACUUCGCAACAAGGCACCAAAGAGUUCAAGAAUGAAGUUAUCUUGAUCGCGAAACUUCAACAUAGAAACCUCGUCAGGCUUUUGGGGUGCUGCAUUGAAGGAGAAGAAAGAAUGUUGAUCUACGAAUACCUGCAGAAUAAAAGCCUGGAUUAUUUCGUCUUUGAUCAAAACCGAAGGAAGCUUCUGACAUGGCCUAUGCGUUUUGACAUAAUCAUGGGAAUUGCAAGGGGGCUGCUAUACUUACACCAGGACUCCAGAUUAAAGAUUAUACAUCGGGAUCUCAAAACGAGCAACAUCCUUCUUGAUAGAGAUCUAAAUCCAAAAAUCUCAGAUUUCGGUUUAGCAAGAAUUUUUGGAGAGGGACAAUCCAUUGCUACAACAAGACGAGUUGUUGGGACAUAUGGCUAUAUGGCUCCGGAAUACGCUGUUUAUGGGAAGUAUUCUGUCAAAUCUGACGUCUUCGCCUUGGGAGUCAUAUUGUUAGAGAUUGUGAGUGGAAGGAAGAACAGAGACUUUGGCCAUAGUGAUGACGACCAUAGCCUUUUGGGACAUGCAUGGUUCCUGUGGGGAGAAAACAAAAUUCCGGAGCUAAUGGAUAAAUGUUUGAGCGAUACAUCUAUUGAAUCUCAAGUGAAGAGGUGCAUACACGUGGGGUUAUUAUGCGUUCAAAAAUUUGCAGAAGAUAGGCCAAUCAUGUCAUCAGUGGUAUUCAUGUUAGGAAACGAUGAAGCUAUUAUCCCGAAACCUAAAGAACCUGGAUUUUUUCCAGAAGAGAGUUGGAGCUGUCAAAGAAGUGCGUGUCAAGAAUCGAUCACUUUCACUGAUUUGGAGGCCAGAUGAAUAGGUCUCAACAUACUAGGAAUAGAUGCAAUAAAAAAUAUUGAUUGUUGUAGUGCUCUGCUACUAUUCAGCAUAAAAUAGCCACUGGUUUUGGGUGUAAUUUUCUGUACAACAUGCAUGUACUUAUACAGUAAUACAGAUAAGCGUCAGGCGAAUGAAAUUUAAAUAUCUAUAGAUACCAAACUUGUGCUUAUGGGAAU